AUGGCGAACGGCUGGAGUCUUAUAAUCAGCAUUAUCGUCAUCGUGGCGAUCUGCGUCGCGGCGUGGUUCUUCAGCCCGAAAGGCGAGAACCAGACUAUCUGGCGGUCAACAGUCAUCCUCUCGGUUGUCAGCUGCUGGCUCAUGUGGGCCAUUACCUUCCUCGCGCAAUGGCAUCCUCUCAUCGUCCCCGAGCGCAGCGAUCUCCGACCGGAAUUCAACGGAGGGCCGGUCAAAGGCAGCAGUCUAUUCUGAAGCGAAAACAAACAUGGCAUUUCAACUCGGCGAAAGAGGCGUUUAUGGUUUUAAGGGGAUUCGGUUUGAAGAGCUUAGAAAGACAGGCAGAAAUGGUUGAGGGAGGAAGUCAUAAGCUGUAGGCUCUGUGCCUAUAGUAAAAUCUGUACAAUGCUACGUAUGCAAAUAUUCACUCGGCCCCUCAUGCCAACCCCAGGGCAUCCGUGAGUUGUCUCCAUAUGUCGAUGAUGUCUCCGGUCUCGACCACGCCCGCAGCUGCUACUCCACCAUCCACACCCACGGCGCGCAAGAUGCCC